AGCCUCUCUUCAUUCCCUUAUGUGGGAACCACAGCUUGAGAUUUUUUCUAUAAAUUGGCCUCUCUCUUCCUUCUUAUCAUACUCUGGCAAUAUCCCCUGCUUAGAAAUAAAAUGGAAGCAGGAUCACGUUUAGUAUUUGUUCUAGUAGCUACCCUUAUUCUCCAAUUCUCUACCUCCAUAAGUUCUAGCUCAGCCGCCAGAUCAGUACCUAGCAACGCAAAUACUCAAUACGUUAGAACAUCAUGUAGCAACACAAGCUACCCAAGAUUGUGCUACCGCUCUCUCUCAAUCUAUGCAAGCAAAAUCAAGACCAACCCCAAAUUACUAGCCCAUACUGCCCUUAACAUCACCCUGAAAGCCACCAAAUCAACUUCACGGUUGAUGAAGAGGAUGUCAAGAAUCCAUGGAUUAAAGCGCAGAGAGGCUGCAGCCCUAGCAGAUUGUGUGGAGCUAGUUGGCGAUGCGGUGUAUGAGCUGCAAAGGUCAAUUGCGGAGAUGCGUCAUGUUAGAGGAUCAAAUUUUUAUCAAGUAUUAGCUGAUGUACAAACAUGGGUUAGCGCAGUCUUAACAGAUGAUGAUACUUGUAUGGAAGGAUUUUCUGGAAACCCCAUGAAUAGGAGUGUGAAGAUUCUCGCCAGGAGACACAUAGUGAAAAUUUCUCAUCUCGCCAGCAAUGCCUUGGCUCUCGUCAAUAACUAUGCGGCGUCCCACACCAACUUACAAUAAUGUCAAAUUGUAAAUGUCCUCGUACUGUAUGUCUCCUAGCAGUUGUUAGUUGAGUUUCUUGGGCACCCACUUCCCUGGAGAGCUCAUGUAACUGAAAUUUUAGCCUUAAUUAUUUUGGGCCAUCCUCUUUUUCAAUUAUUGAUGGAAACUCCCCUCUCCGUUUCAACGCUUGGGUCAGUAUGGUUCGGGAGUGGCUUGCCAUACCCAAAUACACAUAUCAUCAGUGGAUUUGAAAGUGAGGCGAAUGAAUGGGCAAUUGCUCGAGGGUUUCUUUGGGUUGAUUUUUAAGUGAAACCGUAGAUUUUCUUUCAUGCUUUAUGCUUUAGAAACUCUAUUAAUUUGUAUGCGUACUGCUUUUUCUAUAUGAAAAUUACCAAUUGAAUUUUCA